AUGAUUUGUGAGCAUCCUAUAAGAGUUGGAGAUUUUGGAACAAAAGUUGAGUUAGUUAGAAUAUUAAUUUUGGUNUUGCUAUGGAUCGAAACGGCCACCGUACUGGACAUUCUCUACUACUACUUUCACGGCUACGCUGAUUACAUCAACGAAGAAACCGUGACCGAAGCUUCGUGUUCCAUAAAUCUUCCAGGGUUACCGUUUUCGCUUUCCCAGCGAGAUAUACCUUCUUUUUUGUUGCUCUGGAAACCGACCAUGUUGUCUUUUACUUUCCCAGCGUUUCAGGAACAGAUUCUGCAGCUUGACCGAGAAAAAAACCCGACGGUGCUGGUGAAUACGUUUGAAGCAUUGGAAUCUGCGGCGCUGAGGGCCGUUGACGGGAUGAACAUGAUCCCCAUAGGGCCGUUGAUUCCUUCUGCUUUCUUAGACGGGAGAGACCCUAGUGAUGCUUGCUUCGGUGGAGACAUAUUCCCUGUGUCAAACGAUUAUGUUACGUGGCUUGAUUCGAAGGAAGAGAAGUCAGUGGUUUACGUGUCCUUUGGGAGCUAUCUAGAGUUAAGCAAAGGACAAAUGGAGGAAAUUGCACGAGCGUUAUUUGAUUGUGGACGUCCAUUCUUGUGGGUCAUACGAGAAAAGGAGAAUCAGGAGGAGGUACUGGAAUUGGGAAUGGAAUUGGAAAAGAAAGGGAAGAUAGUGACGUGGUGCUCUCAAGUGGAGGUUCUUGCACAUGGUUCUGUAGGUUGUUUUCUGACGCACUGUGGGUGGAAUUCGACCAUGGAAAGCCUUGUUUCUGGGGUUCCAAUGGUGGCGUUUCCACAGUGGACAGAUCAGAUGACUAAUGCAAAGCUUGUAGAAGAUGUGUGGAAGAUUGGGUUGCGGGUAGACCAUGAUGUGAAUGAAGAUGGGAUAGUGGAAGGGAAGAAGAUUAAGAGAUGUUUGGAUGUGGUUAUGGGCAGUGGAGACAGAGCAUGUGAGUUGAGAAAGAAUUCACAGAAAUGGAUGGCUUUGGCUAGGGACGCUGCCAUGGAAGGUGGCUCAUCGGAAAACAACCUCAAGGCUUUUUUUCAUCAUGUCGGAGAUAAAUUUAUGCAUACUCAGAACACUCAAAACUAAUUGUGUCUUGUAAUGCGUUAUACGGGUUAAGUU